GAGGAAAUUUCAAUCGCGCACCGCACGAGGUAAACACUCAUUGCUCUGAAGGCGGCCAAUGAAGCUACAUGCCGAGGCUUUGAAUUUGUAAAGUUUACCUAUAAAAAUCCUCAAUUUUUCAUUCUCAUCAAGAAACGUUUACAAUCACUGCAUCAAAAUGACUGAGGAAGUCAACCCAAAGGCCUACCCGCUAGCGGACCAGGCACUGACCUCCAAAAUCAUGACCCUGAUCCAGCAAGCCGUCAACUACAAGCAGCUGCGCCGUGGUGCCAACGAGGCCACCAAAACGCUGAACCGUGGCCUGUCGGAGUUCAUCGUGAUGGCCGCCGAUGCCGAACCGCUGGAGAUCAUUCUGCAUCUGCCACUGUUGUGCGAGGACAAGAACGUCCCGUACGUGUUCGUGCGUUCGAAGCAGGCGCUCGGACGAGCCUGUGGGGUGUCCCGGCCCAUUGUGGCCUGCUCGGUCACGAUCAACGAGGGCUCGCAGCUGAAGUCGCAGAUCGUCACCAUUCAGCAGGAGAUCGAACGCUUGCUGGUCUAAGGUCGCAUCUCUCACCACAAUGAUCUACCUACGACUAAAGUGUACAAAUAUUUUAAUAUUAGCAUUUUCAACGGAACGCGAGAAUGGUAAUAGGAUACCUAAUAGAUUUUUAUUUUCAAAAAUCUAAUAAAUGAUUGUGAAAGCAA